UAAAAGAAAUAUCGGCGGGCGCGGCGCCAUGUGAGCGGCGGGCCGGGACCGGGCGGAGCAGCCGGCCGUGCCCCCCGGGACGGCGGGGCGAGCCCCGGGCGGCGCUCGGAGCCGGCGGCAUGGUGGAAAACCCCAGCCUGGCGGCCAAACCCGCCCUGCCGGCCGCCCCGCCGCGGGGGCCGGGGGCGGCGGGGGGGCUGCGCUUGGCGGCGGUGAUGGAGAGCCUGCAGCGGCAGCAGGCGGCCCGCCUGGCCCGCGGCCCCGACGGCGCUCCCCGACGGCCCCCGGCCGAGCCCGGCCCCGGCCCCGGGCCACCCCCCGCCGCUCCUCGCCGCCGCCCGGCCCCCGGCCCGCGCCCGCCGCCCGCCACGGCGGAGGAGGAGGAGGAGGCAGAGGAGGAGGAGGAGGAGGAGGAAGAGGAGGAGGAGGAGGAAGAAGGGGAGCCCCGCGACCCGCCGCCCCCCCCGCACCACGAGUGGACCUACGAGGAGCAGUUCAAGCAGCUCUAUGAACUGGACGAGGACCCGAAACGCAAGGAAUUCCUGGACGACCUCUUCGGUUUCAUGCAGAAGAGAGGUAAAGGGACGCCCGUGAACCGCAUCCCCAUCAUGGCCAAGCAAGUGCUGGACCUGUACACGCUGUACCGACUGGUGACGGACAAGGGUGGCCUGGUCGAAGUCAUCAACAAGAAGAUCUGGCGGGAGAUCACCAAGGGCCUCAACCUACCUACCUCCAUCACCAGCGCUGCCUUCACCCUCCGCACGCAAUACAUGAAGUACCUGUAUCCCUACGAAUGUGAGAAGCGGGCGCUCAGCUCUCCCGGGGAGCUCCAAGCUGCCAUCGACAGCAACCGCCGGGAGGGACGGAGGCAGACUUUUGGCACGACGCUCUUCAACUACUCACCAGCUGGCACCCCCACCCUGCUGGGCUCCCCCAAAAUGCAUCUGCCAGCUCUUAGCAUCUCCGCGCACAGCUGCAACCAGCUCAGCCAAGUGCACACUGUUAAGAAAGAGGACGGCGUGCUGGCAGCAGCAGUGCCGGGACGCAUCGCAAUCCCAGUGGGACUGGCCGGCCACCACCUCGCAGCCGCCCAAGCAGCAGCAGCCUCGCAAGCAGCGGUGCUGGAGCAGCUGCGGGAGAAGCUGGAGACGGGAGAGCCCCCAGAGAAGAAAGUGGCCCUGACGGUGGAGGAGCAGCAGCGGCUGGUGCAACAUGCACUGCAGCACAACCUCCUGGCUGUGGCCUCCCAGUUCCCCAUGAACGUCAAGAUCUCCAACCGAGAUGACAGACAGGAGACUGCAUUGAACCUGUCCACCAACGGCAUUAGCAGUAUCAACAUGUCAAUAGAAAUAAAUGGAGUUGUCUACACAGGCGUCCUGUUCGCCCGCCGGCCCCCAGCCCCGCCAGCAACCAGUGGAGGGAGCACCCAGAGCCGGCCGAACCCCAUGCCUGCCCCAAACCCGCUGCACCCAGCCCCCUCGCACAGCCACACUCCUGCCAGCUCCUCGCCAUAGGGGAUAUGCCCCCCCACCCUGAAAGCAGUUGGGGAUCCCCAGGGUCUGGGGUGCUGAGGGGUGGGACCCAGCUGAGCUACCAAGGUGGGAUGGGGGGCCCGAAGGUGCCUCUUGCUGCAACGCUGAGCUGUGUCCAUGCAAGGCUGUGAGCAUCCACGUGGCCCCUUCUGUCCCUUACCCCGAUGUGUGAGACCCCUUCCCCAUGUGUACCCUCCGACACGUGCACCGACCUUCCCAGGUACUGCCCCCAGGUGACACACACCCUGUACAGCUCCUGAUGGCCCCGCAUGCUGCAUCCCCUACACACUGCAGCCCUUAUACACACCACAAAGCAUACCCUGUGGCCCCUAUACCCACCUCAGUGCAUGCACUGCAGCCCUUACACAUACCUCAAUGCUCACACUGCAUCCUCCAUGUAGAAUCACGGACUCGGAGUGGUUUGGGUUGGAAGGGACCGUAAAGCUCAUCCAGUUCCAAAUCCCCUGCCAUGGGCAGGGACACCUCCCACUGACCGGGUUGCUCAAAGCCCCAUCCAGCCUGGCCUUGAACACUUCCAGGGAUGGGGCAUCCACAGCUUCUCUGGGCAACCUGUGCCACCCUCACAGUAAAGAAUUUCUUCUAAUAUCUAAUCUAAAUCUCCCCUCUUUCAGCUUAAAACCAUUACCCCUCGUACUAUCGUUACACUCCCUGAUAUAGAGUCCCUCCCCAUCUCUCCUGUAGGCCCUCUUCAGGGACUGGAAGGGGCUGUAAGGUCUCCCUGGAGCCUUCUCUUCUCCAGGCUGAACAACCCCAGCUCUCUAGUCUGUCCUCAUAGCAGAGGUGCUCCAGCCCCCUGAUCAUCUUCGUGGCCCUCCUCUGGACUCGCUCCAACAAGUCCAUUCCCUUCUUAUGUUGGGGACUCCAAGGCUGGAUGCAGUACUCCAGGUGAGGUCUCCUGAGAGCGGAGCAGAGGGGCAGAAUCACCUUCCUCGCCCUGCUGGCCACACUGCUUUUGAUGCAGCCCAGGAUGUGGUUGGGUUUCUGGGCUGUGAGUGCACAUUGCUGGGUCAUGUUGAGUUUCUUACCUAUCAACACCCCCAAGUCCUUUUCCUCGGGGCUGCUCUCAAUCUAUUCUCCGCCCAGCCUAUAUUUGUGCUUGGGAUUGCCCUGACCCAGGGGCAGGACCUUGCACUUGGCCGUGUUGAACUUCAUGAGGUUUGCACAGGCCCACGUCUAAGCCUGUCCAGGUCACUCUGGAUGCCAUCCCUUCCCUCCAGCGUGUCGACUGCUCCACACAGCUUGAUGUUGUCAGCAGACUUGCUGAGGGUGCACUCAAUCCCACUCUCCAUGUUGCCAACAGACGUCAAACAAUGCUGGUCCCAGUACUGACCCCUGAGGAGCACCAGUUGCUCCACAUAGUGCCACACUCGAUGCACAUACUGCAUUUCUGACAUACUGUCUCCCCUAUACACAUCUCUAUGCAUACUGCAUCCCUUAUACACACUCUCGAUGCAUGUGCUGCAUCCCCUACACACUGCAUCCCCCUGUACAUACCCUUGGUGCCCGCAUUAUAUCCCCUGUGCACACCCUUAGUGCAAACACUGCAGUUCCUAUACACUGCACCCCCUACCCACUGCAGACCCCCCAACACAGUCCUCCCAUGCUGCUUGGGCUCACUGCCCCCACCCUGAGACACCCCCAGGGUCCUGGGAGACCCCUGGCCCCCCCAGGGUGGUGGCAUCUCAGCCCCCCAGGUCCUCAGUUCAGGGGGGUUACCCUGGUGGGCAGAUACUGGGGAGACUGGUGGGACUGGUGGGGGUGAGAUAUGAUGGGUUAUUAG